ACCAUGAUUGAAGACAAGGAGAACAAAGACCGGUCCUCGGAAAGGAGCAGAGUGACUCUCAUUUUGUCAUUAAAGAAUGAAGUUGGAGGACUCAUAAAAGCACUAAAAAUCUUCCAGGAGAAGCACGUGAACCUGUUACAUAUCGAGUCCCGGAAAUCAAAUCGAAGGAAUUCAGAGUUGGAGAUUUUUGUUGACUGCGACAUCAGCAGAGAACAGCUGAAUGACAUCUUUCCCCUGCUGAAGUCCCACACCACUGUCCUCUCUGUGGAUUCCCCAGAUCAGCUCGCUGGGAAGGAAGAUGUUUUGGAGACUGUUCCUUGGUUCCCAAAGAAGAUUUCUGACCUGGACUUCUGUGCCAACAGAGUGCUGAUGUAUGGGUCCGAACUCGAUGCAGACCACCCUGGCUUCAAAGACAAUGUCUACCGUAGAAGACGGAAGUAUUUUGCAGAGUUGGCUAUGAACUACAAACACGGGGACCCCAUUCCCAAGAUUGAAUUCACGGAAGAAGAGAUUAAGACCUGGGGAACCAUCUUCCGAGAGCUGAACAAACUCUACCCGACCCACGCCUGCAAGGAGUUCCUCAGAAACCUUCCUCUGCUCUCGAAAUGCUGUGGCUAUCGGGAAGACAACAUCCCACAACUGGAAGAUGUCUCCAACUUUCUAAAAGAAAGUACAGGGUUUUCCAUCCGCCCUGUGGCUGGUUACCUCUCACCGAGAGACUUUCUGUCAGGGUUAGCCUUUCGCGUCUUUCACUGCACUCAGUAUGUGAGACACAGUUCAGAUCCCCUCUAUACUCCAGAGCCAGAUACCUGCCAUGAACUCUUAGGUCAUGUUCCUCUCUUGGCUGAACCCAGUUUUGCUCAAUUCUCCCAAGAAAUUGGCUUGGCUUCACUUGGAGCUUCAGAGGAAACUGUUCAAAAACUGGCAACGUGCUACUUUUUCACUGUGGAGUUUGGUUUGUGCAAACAAGAUGGACAGCUGAGAGUCUUUGGUGCCGGCUUGCUUUCUUCCAUCAGCGAGCUCAAACAUGCGCUUUCUGGACGUGCCAAAGUUAAGCCCUUUGAUCCCAAGGUUGCAUGCAAGCAGGAAUGUCUCAUCACAACCUUCCAGGAUGUCUACUUUGUAUCUGAGAGCUUUGAAGACGCAAAGGAGAAGAUGAGAGAAUUUACCAAAACCAUGAAGCGCCCAUUUGGAGUGAAGUACAAUCCGUAUACUCAGAGUGUUCAGGUUCUGAGAGACACCAAGAGCAUAACCAGCGCUGUGAGUGAGUUGCGGUAUGACCUCGAUGUCAUCAGCGAUGCCCUUGCUCGGGUCAGCAGGCAGCCCAGUGUGUGAUUGUCUCCAGUCCGAAUCCAGAAAGUCAGUGAGCUUCAGUUCAGAGCCAGGGCCACCUCUCGCUUCCCCCGAAGACCUGCUUGAGGAGGACAACAGCUCCCAGCUUAACAAAAUUUCUUAUCUCUCUCUCUAAUAAAUCAGCCACUGUCUCUGAAAAUGCACACCUGGAUGCUUUAGCCACUGCUGACAACCUUCUUCUUCUUCUUCUU